AUGAUCGCAUUCAAAUCUGCACUAGAGACCACACAAGAAGCAGUAAGCCUAGUUUGCGAACAGACAGGUGUGACCGGGCAGACUUCAACCAUCGGAAUGGCGGACCCCCUCGCUAUAACCGGGUUGAUUCUUCAAGUUAUAGAAACCGCUGGCCAGGUGUAUAGAUAUUGCAAGGAGGUUCAGAAUGCCGACAAUGAGAUUCGAGAAUUAUUCGGCGAGCUUUUCGCUCUGAAAGCAGUUCUGGAGCAAAUGAGCAGAGAAAAACAAGGUCCUCUGGACAUACAGGAUCCCAAGUCAGCACAAGCGAUUUCGUCAGAAUCGUUUCGGCACGCCUUGCUCAGCGCGAACGGCGUCUUGAAAGAUAUCCUUGACGACUUGAUGAAAAGACACAUAAAAGGAAAGUCAUUCAUCAAGCAGUUAGGAUGGCCAGGGAAGAAAGAAAAGCUUCAAGAUAGCAUUGUCCAGCUUGAGCGGCUCAAAAGUUAUUUUAUCUUGGUUAUGGUGAAUGAGAACUCGGCAAUGGACAAGGAGGUCCUAUCGUCAAUAAAUUACUUGACGGACUUGGGAACCCUGAUGAGACAAGAUAGUCAAAAGGACCUGCGUCAGAAGAUAAGGGAAUGGAUAUGUCCGUUUGACGUGGAAGUAAGUCAUCGCAAGGCACGGUCUGUAUGCCAGGCUGGCACUGGAUCUUGGUUUAUCGAUGGUCCUUUUCAACGAUGGUUUCGGGGGCAGGAGGAGUCUCGAUUGCUCUAUCUUGAGGGUAAAUCUGGGUCUGGGAAAACGGUCCUCUGUGCUUCCCAGAAGCUGAUUCAUGUUCUCGGUGCUCUACUCGCGCAGCUUUCCGAUCGCUUUCCUCAAACCCUUGACGUACUGGAGCCUGAUUUUAGGAAGAAGUCACUUCCUUCUCCGAAUACACUUCUCCAGAUACUUCGCAGCCAUGCGCGUGAGCUAAAACGGUUGUAUAUCUUUGUCGAUGCUGUUAAUGAGAGCGAUGAGUGUGAAGACAUUCUAAGCACAUUGCUGACCCUCGCAGAAUCUGAAUAUCAGAUACAUGUGAUGGUUACCAGCACCGCAGCUUCAGUGACACUGAGCAAGGAUGACCUCCUGAGGGCACAAAUGAAACCAUCUUCAAACCAGAACGACAUUCAGGACUUCGUAAACGCGCAGUUGGAGACACGUCCAAGCCUUCGUUAUCUCCCACCACACACCAAAAGAGAUAUAACUUCCGUACUUAUAACCAAGGCUAACGGAAUAUAA